AUGCCUUUAAAGGAUGUUAAGGGACAAGUGGUGGCAGAAUUUAUAGACGACCACUCUAUAGUCGAAAACUCCCUAAACUAUUUGGAGUUUGAACCCUGGAAAUUAUACUUUGAUGGUUCUAGUCAUAAAGAUGGAACGGGUUUGAGGGUAUUGAUUAUUUCUCCUAACGAAAUUCCAACAAAAUUCAAGUAUAAGGUUGAAGGCCUUUGUUCAAACAACGAGGUUGAAUAUGGGGCUUUGAUAGUCAGACUUGAGAUCUUAUUGAAAUUAGGGGCAACUCGAGUCAAAAUAAUGGGUGACUCAAAGUUAGUCAUAAAACAAAUUACAAAAGAGUAUAAAUGUGUUAAAGAAAAUCUUAUAAUGUACUUUGUGAUAGCCAAUAGACUAUUACAAAGGUUUGAAAUGAUAAGCAUUCGACACAUACCUCGACUUAAGAACCAAGAGGCCAAUGACUUGGCCAAAUUGCUUAUGGAUAUAAGAUUUCAAAAGAAAAAUUGCAAGAUGCAGUCGAAGUCAGAGGAAGAGUUAUGUCAACUAGAUUAUCCCCAACAAAUUUGGAAACAAUAA